AUGGGUUCCCAUGCAAUCCCACAUGAAUUUCCUGAAAGGGUAUCCAUUUAUUGUUCUAGAUAUGUUCGAUGCAUAAAGUAUGUUGUACCUAAAAAUGGCGACCUUUCGUCUAAAUGUACGGCAUCGGGAAAAUUCGUGGAUGGUGAAUUCAUCCCAAGCAUAAAUAACAACAAACACAACCAUGAUUCAGAUCCUUGUUUGGAAGAUGAUAGAGAUUUUCGCAAAAAUCUAAAAGAUGCCAGCAAAAAUUUCGGUCUAUCCACAAAACGGAUCUAUAUUACUUCGGAAAUCCAAGAUCCAGAUGCAGCAUCUAGAAAUCCAUUUCAGAAGUGUAGAAGGUCUAUCCAGAAAUACAAAAAAAAUGAGCAGCCUUUAGCGACUAAUAUUUCUUGUAAUAAACCAAAUGUCAUCGAAGCUUUUGCACAGUCUUUAAUGUUGAAUAUAAAUAAAAGUGAAUUAGCCUAUGGGAGAGAUAACCGGUGGAAAAUUUCUGCCAGUUAUGAAAAAUUUACUUUUAUUACUAACAAUAUUCACAAAGAAGCUCAAAAUAUUUAUCUAUUUGAUGCAGAUUUUCUAACUGACAUAAGUGAUUCCGUUGAAAAUAUUUUUAUUGACGCAACAUUUAAAGCUGUACCACAUUUUCAGAGAAAUAAUUUACAAUUAUUGACGAUAAUGGCCAAAGUUGAUGGACAAUGCCAAAGUAAAAGUGCUAUGAUCAAGCUACAGCUGUUGAAUCAAAUUUACAUGAACAAAUUAAUUAUAGGCUUCAUUCCUAAUUACAAUUAUCAGUAA